AUGGCGUCAGAUCUGCCUGCCCCAGUCGAACAGGACUGGGUGAGACUCUUCCACCGCUUCCUCAACCACGGCCCGGCCGUGGACCAGAUCCUCGACCAGGACGCCACCAUGUUCUCGGAGCAGGCGAAGAAGAACCUGAAGCGCCUCCAUCAACACCUCAACCCGGCGAGGGGGCGGCGCGGCGGCGGACCAUGGAGCCACGGCGAGCGAGCUGCGGGACCAGAAGAGGAGGCCGCGGAGGAUUUCCUGCAGUACAUCGACGCGCACAAGUCCACCGACAGGUCCGCGGCCGAGAUCCUGCUGAGUCCGAGGGUGGUGGACGCCGCGACCGCGACUCAGCUGAUCGCCGACCUGAAGAACGACGACGCCAACGACGAGUCGGACCUCUGGCAACUGCGCCAGCGGUUCAUCUGGCUUAUGUGGUUCGACAUCGUCAAGGUCAUCCGACCAGACAUCUCGGGGCGUCGCCUGGGUCGCAAGGCUAGGGCAGACAUCAAGUCCUUCGUCAGUACCCUAGAGCCCGAUGAGGACCAGGUGCGAAGCAUCGUCGCUAACAUCGCGAGCUGGUGUCGGUACGGCGUGCGCCUGCAGGCCAUCUGUCAAAUAUUCGGCGAAGGCAGCAUCUGGAUCCUCCUCCCCCAACUCAGCCAUGCUUUGUGA